AUGGAGGAGUGCGCUUGCCUCUGCGGUGUGGGCUCUUUACGGGGUUGUAAGUGUCAUCAGAAGAGCCCAGCUGAGACCGUAGCAGCUGAUGGCAAUCAGGCCCCCGCAGAAAAGCAGGUCGAGGCAGACGCCGCAGUGCGGUGCUGUGCUGGGAGUGGAGGAAUCGCGAGCCCCAAGCCGCCCCUGCCCCCGCCGCCCCCGCACUGUUCACUGCAGGACCUGCCAGUGGAGAUUCUGGUGGGGAUCUUUGCCUCGCUCCCCGGCACCGACCUGGCCAGCCUGGCCCGGGCCUGCACCAAAUUCCACCACAUCCUGCACACCGACAGCAUCUGGAGACGGCGCUGCCGCGAGGAGUUCGGCGUUCGUGAGAACCUGCAGAACCCGGAGAUGACUGGUAUGUCUUACCGAGAAGUCUAUGCGAAGCUGUUUCCGUACAGACACAUUUUGGGGUUGUGGCAGCUAAAUUAUAGCUAUAGAACACUGCUGCAUGUCGUGGUGGACGGCUUGUGCAUUACUGGUUGGUCGUACAGGCCUUCCCUUAACACCCAUGUGUGUGGCCCAAUACAUUUCAAGCCCUCGUUCAGGAUUCGCCUGACGGAGCGGAACUCAGCCGCGCUGGAGUGCCUGGCGGGCCUCCUCGGCAGGCCCCACCACGGCCACGUGCAGAUCCAGGGGGACAGGCUCACCAUCCAGUGCAAGAGCACAGACCACCGGACGGGUUCACCCACGCGGCUUAGGGGAGAACCGGGGCGGGGGCGGGGGCCGGAGGACGGACCGCAGUACGACUGCCUGACCUACCGCCGCCUCUACCUCCCGCCGCGCCACCCGGACGACCCCAUCCGGCCAGGCCUCUUCCAAUACUACUAUGAUGCCUUCAGCCUAAAGAUCGCCAUGCUCAGCUUCCAUGGGAAGUACGCCAGGGUCACCAAUAUCACGGGAGACUCCAGCGGGAUGUUAGAGAUCCACCUCAGGCGCCGCAUCCGGCUCACCAUCCAGUGCAAGAGCACAGACCACCGGACGGGUUCACCCACGCGGCUUAGGGGAGAACCGGGGCGGGGGCGGGGGCCGGAGGACGGACCGCAGUACGGCGCGUUCUUCCGCACCUUCCAGGAGCUCGCCCGCGUGAUCCGGGAGAUGGAGGAGCAGGUGACCCGGGAGCAGCAGCAGCAGCAAGAAGACGGGGCUGCGGAAAGCCAGGGCCAUGGCUGGCAGAGCCCUGCCCAGCCCAGCGCCGGGGAGUCCGGGGCGGCCGCUUCGGAGGAGCAGCCUGUCCGGUUUGUGCUGCCUGUGGGCGUGCGCUCGAGUGAGCAGAACUACCCCCGAACCUGCAGGAUGUGUUUCUACGGCGUGGACACUGUUUCUGUUGGCUUCCGUGGCUUCUCCUAUACCAGGCGCUUACCUGGAGCCUUCAUCCUGUUCGAUGAGGACCACUUCGGGUUCAUCUGGCUGGAGGGGAAAUACUUCUUCCUGUUCGGCAGAGUCCAGAACACCUUCCAGAAUGUGGAGGCGCCGUCCCCACAGGCCUUCCUGGAGAUGCUCAAAAACACUCAGUCCGGACCCCCUGGGAGGAGCAGCUUGCAUGCACUUUGAAGAUUUGACCUUCUGACCAGGUUACCCACCUUUGUUUGUUUUUUUAAUCCUCACCCGAGGAUAUUUUCCCAUUGAUGUUU